CUCGGCCGAGCAUCAUGGGAAAGGGACGCCCAUCUCGGCUUCCUAUGUGUCCCCGUUUCCGCACUGUCCGUACUGAAGCGUCCGUUGGCAAGACAGGCAGCUUGCAUCUUCGUGUAAUAAUAUAUCUGUAACAGUCGAGACUAUGAGCGCCGCUGAAUUCAAGGAUGUGCCUAAUGCAAAUGAUACCAAAGGAGAUGAUGCAGACUGGGCAGCGGCAAAGGCUGCUUUCGACAACUUGAAAUCUAAGAAACCCCGACCACCGAAACCUGAGCAUGCAGUGACCAUCGCAGUGUCCUCGCGUACUCUGUUUGAUAUGGCGAAAGAAAGGAAAAUAUUCGAAGAGGAGGGGCUGGAGAGCUACGUUGCCUACCAACAGCAGCACGAGAACGAGCCAAUGAUGCCUGGUGUGGCGUUUCCGUUCGUAAAGGCCUUGAUGACGGUGAACGCCCGUCUGCGGGAGCUUUACCCAGACGGCCAGGAGCUAUUCGACAUUGUCCUGAUGACCAAUAACCACGCCCAGGUUGGGGUACGGCUCAUUAACAGCAUAAACCACUACGAUUUAACAAUUGAGAGAUUCUGCAUGACUGGUGGAGAAAGUCCAAUUGGUUACCUGAAAGCCUACAUGACCAACCUCUACCUCUCCAGGAGCUCUGGAAAAGUGAAGGAGGCCAUUGAAGAAGGGAUUGCAGCCGCCACCAUGUUCACCGCUAACAAGGAGAACCCACUGAGCGACACGCAGCUGCGCGUGGCCUUCGACGGAGACGCCGUCCUCUUCUCCGACGAGUCCGAGAUCAUCGUGAAGAGGGACGGGCUGGACACCUUCUUCGAGCACGAGAAACAGCUUGAAAACACCCCCCUGGCACAGGGCCCCCUGAAGUGCUUCCUGGAGGCCCUCGGGAAGCUGCAGCGGAAGUUCUACGCGAAGAACGUGCGCAUCAAGUGCCCCGUGCGGACCUACCUGGUGACGGCGCGGAGCGCGGCCAGCUCGGGAGCCCGGGUCCUGAAGACCCUCAGGAGCUGGGGCCUGGAGGUGGACGAGGCCCUCUUCCUGGCCGGGGCCCCCAAGGGCCCGCUCCUGGAGAAGAUCCGCCCCCACAUCUUCUUCGACGACCAGAUGUUCCACAUCACGGGGGCCCAGGAAAUGGGGACCAUCGCCGCCCACGUGCCUUAUGGGAUAGGGCAAAAGUACCACAAGGGUAAACUCAUCCAGCAGAACCCAUAGGGAAUGUAAUACACCGGGAGGGGGAAGGGGGGAGGGCAGGCACAUUGGUUUUAAAACUUACAGUGUGAAACGGUGUCCCUCUGAAGGGAUCCAUUUUUUAAAAAUUCUAGUCUCUCUUGCUACUUCUUUGAGACAUCUACUGUAUUCUUUUUUAUUUUUAUUUUUUAAAACCUUAAUUACCUUCUAUGGAUAUCACUCUAUAACGCAACCUUGAGCUCAGAGCAUUUAAGAACAUCCAUAGUCCUCGGCAAAAGCCUUAGCCUUGGGCUAAUUUUUCUUUGAGACAACCUUCAAAGCGUGACAGUGCAAACAUUAGUCUGGGUUACAUUAGCCCUGCUCUGGGGCAGGCUUAUAACAGAAAUUUAUUUUAUUUUAUUUUUUGGUGAAAACUCUCAAAAGAGUUAAGGCAGCAUUCAAACCUGCUGGUUAUCCCUGUGUUGAAAAAGACUGGCAUGGUGACUCCAGCUACCCCUGUGUUAUGGAUUUCCAAGGGUUAAAACAUAUGACUCUAAUGUGCUUUUCAUGUAUUCUUGGAGCACUAAAAUGUUAUUAAUUUUCAGAACUAACUUAUUUAAACUCUCCAGGUAAAAGUUAAAUUAGCUCGUACAGUAGGUUGGUGGUAUUUUAUUCAAGGAUAAAAACAUAGCUGACAAAUGUAGCUUUUAGAGAGGGCUGUCUCUUCUGUUAGAAGAUUGAAUUCUGUCAUUGUCCUUUUAUGGGAACUUCUGAAUCACUGGAAAAGUAGCACUACGUAAAAUUAUGUCUUGUUCAAGAGCAAAAUUAAUUCUCAGGUCACUGUUUACAAAAUAGCUGUUGAGAUGUGGUAUUGGGAAAAAAAACAUUCUUUAAAUAAAAAAUAAAAAACAUGGAUGUAAAUGUGUUAUACUGAGUGGUGUUACAAUUUCCCUUUUUUGGCUGGACCGCAACAGCGGGGCCAGCCUUACAAAUGCAAAUGUUUGUGACUGACUGAGUGAGUGACUGAGUGAGUGAUUAAGUUACACCAUUGGUCAGCUGAGUUAUGAAGUCACACCAUUGAUUGGCCGGAUCACGUGUGUUAGGUUCAGCCAUAUACUAGGUUUUAACCUGGUCUUGUUCAUUCCUAUCAAUGCCAGUUCCCUGGCUGCCAUUUCUAUGGAAUCCUGAGUGUCCUUUUAAAGUCCCUGCUUAUUCAGAUAAUACUACUAUUCACGGCAGAAUUUUAUUUAUCCGGUUAUGAACAUCAAUAUUGUAAAUGUUGUGGAUUUACUGUACCUUAACCAUUAUCGGCACAACUGUAAGUAGUAAAUGUGUUGGUAUUUCUUUCAGUCGCUUUCAAAAGGGGUUUAUUGUACGUGCAAUGACUACUUAAUUUUAUUCUGAGUGAACUAGCCAUUGUUGUUUGAGAACUUCAAUGGUAUUUUAUUCAGGUUUUUAUUUUCCUGUACAUGGGAUCAUUAUUUACAAGAGCAAUUAAACAGUUUUCGAAACAGA